UUUACAUCUACUUGAUCUCUAACUGUCUGGAUCCUGCUGACUGCUAAGUGUCAUAAUAUCUGUUUAUAUUAAUCUAAAUAUUUUAACGAAUUUAAUUAAUCAGUAGACUGUAUAACCAUUAAUUCCAGUUCAAAUUGGUUUACAAUUUACAUCACAUGUAAUUAAUUUACUACGAGACUACGUUGUUCACAAGUUACAAUUACUGCUGUACAGAAGAAAGUUAAUCAAUUUUAUGGGAACCUCUAUAAAAAGUCACACAGAAAAUAUGAUGGCUGGUUCGGCUCUCCGACGGCUUAUGGCCGAGUAUAAGCAGCUCACGCUGAACCCUCCUGAAGGCAUCAUUGCCGGGCCUGUAAAUGAAGAAAAUUUCUUUGAAUGGGAAGCUUUAAUUACUGGCCCAGAGGGUACAUGCUUUGAAGGUGGUAUUUUUCCAGCCAAACUUCAGUUUCCACCAGAUUACCCGCUCAGCCCACCUAAAAUGCAGUUCAUAUGUGAAAUGUUUCAUCCUAAUAUAUAUGCUGAUGGUAGAGUCUGUAUAUCAAUCCUCCAUGCUCCUGGCGACGACCCCAUGGGAUAUGAAACAAGUGCAGAGAGAUGGUCUCCUGUUCAAAGUGUGGAGAAAAUACUGCUCUCUGUUGUCAGUAUGUUAGCAGAACCUAAUGAUGAAAGUGGUGCGAAUGUAGAUGCGGCUAAAAUGUGGAGAGAAGAUCGACAACAAUUCAACAGGAUAGCUGAAAGGCUAGUACGUAAAACGCUAGACCUUUCUCCUCCGUAACAUGGAGAUUAGGGCAAAAUAUGUAACUUCAACCUAAAGUUUUUACUAGAUUUUUAUUAGCUGUUAAACUUAAUAAUUUAAAAAAAUGUUAAAUGAGCAAUACCUAUAUUUGUAUAGUACACUUGGCAUUACCAGUUUUAUAGAUUUAUAUUUUCACGUUCACUUAGUAAAACAUUCCACAUUCUAUAGCUAAUACAAAAUGGCAGGCCUUCAUACUAGUAUAUAAGAGGUGAAUCUGUCUAAUUUGUUAUUAAUUCGGUAUUUUAUUGAAAAAUCUAAACUAAAAAAAAAAAAAGUUCAUAACAAUUUGAAAUUGUAUAUUUUUUAAAUAUAAUGUACAGAUACGGCAUACAAUAUCAAAAAUAAUGUCCUGUACUCAAAUGCGUCGUAAUUAGUUAGUUUACGUCUGUGCAUCGACGCCAUUCAAAAGUCAUUAAAGUCGCCAAAGUUAUAAAAUUAUACCUUUGCAUUGUCAUUCUGAUGUAGGCAUAAAACUAGUUCUAGUCUACCAUGAGCCCUUAUUGCGACCCUUAUUUCCCCAUUGACACCCUAUCGAAAUGUCUAAAUAAAAAGGUUUACAACAUAUAAAAUAAAAAUAUUUAAAAUUAGAACUUGUUCAUAAAGUUAAAAUAAGAGAUGUAUCUCCUAUGUCUAAUAUAUGAGAAAAAAUAUAUAAUUUUUAUACUUUGGGGUAUUUUGAGUUUAGAAAAUUUGAGUAUAGAUAUUUAUCUAUACUCACAUUAUAGAUACACUAUACAAGAUAUUUUAAUAAUUUUAUUAAAAUAUCUUCGGAGAUGAUACAACGAUGAACAAGACGGCAAUGUCCUCCUGCCGACUUCGAACAUGUCGCGUUUAUAAUUUGCUAUAGAACAACGUCUGAUUCGUUGAAGAUUUCAGUGUACCUACAAAAAUUGCAUAAUAUUCCAUUAAUUAAUUAGGCAUGUAUAACAAAAACAUAAUUUUCAUAUUAUAUCAUAUUUUAUUUUAAACAAGCUCACGCCCGCGUUGAUUUGGUGUAUUUAAAGAAAGUCUCUUGCGACUUCAACGAUUAUUUCGUGUAUUAAAAUAUAGCAUAAAUAAUAAAUGAAUUUAUUAUAAUUAAAGUGUUACUAUGUUCAUGAAUUGUAUUAUUAUUCUCCUCUGCUUUUUAUUGUUUAAAUUAACAGAGGUAC